AUGGAUCGUGAAGACCAUGUCGGAAAUCCUCGGACAAGACUGGAAAAGAGCGUACAGCAACUGCGAUCCCAACUGCAACUCGUCCGCCCAUCACGGGGUAGAGUAAACAAAAAUGAUGGCGGCCAAACUGUCGGAUCUGUCAAGGGACAACAGCCUGGCAACUUUGCCUCCUUUGCGGAGGCCGAGAAGAAGCACGAUCAGAAGAUUAGCCAAUUCUCUCCGAAGCUCAAAGGCGCCGGGACACAGCGAGUAAAAGGCCCCGAGAAAAAGACCCUGUCGUCCGAUUUUGAGGGCUUGAACGCAGUAUCGUCGCUUGAAGAAGCUGAGUUCGACUCGGGACCACAAGAGGAGACCGAGUGGCAGCCCUCGUUAGUGAUAGGGUCAUCAUCUAUCGACACCGGAAACCCCAGCGCGAAAGAGGUCGCUCGUAGAAACAUGCUGCAGUGGGAACACAUUCACCAGCACCACCGCAAGCAGUCUCCUGGGAGCUUCCAGCUGAACAUUUUGGACAAGCGGCGCCAGGAUGCAGUCAGAGAAUAUGAAGAUAUCUGUGCCCGGGCAGACCCAGAGGACGAUGUGCCUCGCAACGAGACGCGGGCGUUCAAAGAAGAGCGCAUACAAUCUCGACUCUGCGUCCUGCAGGAAACCCUUGCUCAAAGCACAGAGCCUGAGUGUGAACCUAUGAGAGCUAACAUCUCAGCUGCGAUCCGCGGGUACCAGGAGGGAGACAUCGAGUGCUCGAGCACCUAUACCUUGAUCUUUGCGGGGAAAAUUGUCGACACGACCUGUAGGACGUGGGCCGAAUUCGCUAUCGACAGGAAGAAACGUCUGGACGAGUAUUUCGACAAGCAUGGCCCUGGUUUCCUCUGGUGGGAGCCGCCGCUGGCCGAUGGUAAAGACGGAGUAAAUGCCAAGAAAGCACUUCUUCUCGAUGUCAAAAAACACGUCGAACCCGAUGUCCAAUUCCGAGAUGACCAAUGUCAUUUGCGAAUACCUAUGUGCUUUCGCAAGGAGAACGCCCUCACAUGUCGAAUGGAAGGCACAGAGGGGCAGCAGAGCAUCUUGAGGCAAGGCGCUUCCGACAAGCCAAGGAUCAAGAAGAGGAAAUGGGUACGCGUAGACGAUGACGAGAGCUGUGCCGACGUAUUGAAGAAAGCCAGGGGCAUGGCUGCCGAUGCCUAUGAGCCGCAUAUACCACCUGAGAGGGCAGCAAAAAAAGGGGUACUCAGCCAGCCUUUCCCAGCGAGCGUACGGUCAUAUGAUACGAGUGGAAUGCUUACUUUCGAGAUGCUGCUUGACAGUGAUUUCGUGUCCUUGGGCUUCACCAAGAACGACAUGAACGCUGCAAGCGUUACGGUCGUCCACGGCGCCAAUGGGAAGAAGUCGAGUUUGAAGCUCUUUGAGCUUCUUGCGGGUGUCCAGCUCUCUGAGGACUGUUCCCACGACCACGACCUCUUUCCCACGCAAAUCAUAAAGCUUGACUGGAUGCUGAAGCCGCCAGCAGGGUAUAGCGGCGAGAGAUUAUCCGGAAUCCUUCCUUUCCUUGCGUACUAUAUGUCCUUUGCGCCAGGGAUGGACAUUGCCCACUUGGGCGAUGAAAGAGGCGAUGUCCUGGGCAUGCAACGGAUCCCAGCCGGGCUCAGGUAUGACCCGUUCGUGAAACUUCGGUUAGGCGAGCAUAGGGAGAGGUUGUUCAAGAAGCUCCAGCACAGAAACCCAAGCAAGAUUGUCUUUGAGCACCGGAGAGGAAGUGCACGGCGAACAUUGGUAGAGGAAGAAGUCGACUCUGACGCCGGCACGUCACGAAUCACGCUGCUCGACACCGACGGGACAGUGAUGCAGUCCUGCAAGAUAGAGACUCCCCAGGAUAGGAGGAGACAGAGGUUGGUCGAGUUUGUCGAGUGA